UCACACCUGACACCAUGAGCUACUACAGCAACUACUACGGAGGCCUGGGCUACGGCUGUGGAGGUUUUGGUGGCCUGGGCUGUGGCUGUGGUUGGGGAUGUGGCAGCUUCUGCAGACGGGGCUGUGGCUGGGAUUGGGGCGGCUACAGAUAUGGCUGCUGCCGCCCAUCUUGCUAUGGAAGAUAUGGAUUCUGUGGCUUCUACUGA